GAUGGCGGCAGGAUUGAAAAGUUGAUGUUGUUUCAUUCAGCGCCCUCUUUCAAGUUCAUUAUCUCGGGAUUUUGUGGGUGUUUUGAGCAACCCGAGAGGCGGGGUUGGGAGCCAAACGGGAGUUAUUUCGGGAAAGGAAGCCAGGAACGCGUCAGGAAAUGGCUACCGCUUGUUAAACUGUGUUGUUCGCGAUCAGAGUCUCUCUUUGCACGGGGAGAGAUCCCCUGAUGCUGGGUGCAUUGUGUUGUUGUGGCAGCAGUGAUGUAAUUGGGGUCUCUAGGAACUGUUUCUAAUGGGAUGAUAAUGAAGAGGAGAUACAGAUAGAAAUGGAGGAUGAUGUGAAGAAAGCAAAAAAGCCUGGUAUUGUCUCACCGUUCAAGCGUGUCUUCCUGAAGGGUGAGAAGGGGAGGGACAAGAAGGCACAGGAGAAAGUGACGGAGAGGAGACCCCUGCACACAGUCCCCCUGUCCCUCCCAGAUCACCGGGUCGACGCUGACAUACUGCUCAACGACUAUAUUGAGAAGGAGGUCAAGUAUUUAGGGCAGCUCACCUCAGUGCCAGGGUACCUGAAUCCAUCCAGUCGAACUGAAGUACUGCACUUGAUCGACAAUGCAAGGAAAGCACAUCAGCUUCCUGGGCAGCUGACUGCGGAGCAUGAUGCAGUGGUCAGCCUGUCUGCCUACAAUGUGAAACUGGUGUGGAGAGAUGGUGAGGAUAUCAUACUCAGGGUUCCCAUCCAUGACAUUGCUGCCGUGUCCUAUAUCAGAGAUGACUCCCUGCAUCUUGUAGUGCUCAAAACAGCUCAGGAGCCUGGAAGCUCUCCUUGUCCCAGCACAUGUCCUGAGAUUUCCAAAUCUCAGGCUUUGGGGUCCCUGUCAGAGAGUGGUGCUGUGCUGGUCGAGGUGUGCUGUCUGGUGCUGUUGGCUGCAGAGAACAAGACAGCAGCCGAGGAACUCUGUUUACUACUCAGCCAGGUCUUCCAGAUUGUUUACACAGAAUCUACUAUAGACUUUUUAGAUAGAGCAAUAUUCGAUGGGGCCACAACGCCUACAAGACACAUGUCUGUGUACAGUGAUGAUUCUUCUAGCAAAAUUGAUGUCAAGGAAGCCUAUGAAACAGAAGCAAGUACAUUUUCAUUUCAGGGAUCUCUGGACACUGGUGGGAACUCUCCUUCCUCCUCAUCUACACAGGCCUUCCCUCAGGCUAAAACUGUCAGCGAGAGCGAGCUGAGCACCACCGCUGCCGAGCUGCUCCAGGACUACAUAAAGACGUUAAAAACGAAGCUCUCCUCCCAGGAGAUCCAGCAAUUUGCAAUGCUUCUCCACGAGUACAGAAAUGGAUCCUCCAUCCAUGAGUUCUGCAUCAACCUACGACAGCUCUAUGGAGACAGCAGGAAGUUCCUCCUGUUGGGGCUCAGGCCAUUUAUUCCUGAAAAGGACAGCCAGCAUUUUGAGAACUUCCUGGAGACGAUUGGGGUGAAGGAUGGGAGGGGCAUCAUCACUGACAGUUUCGGAAGGUACCGUCGGACAACCAAUGCCACCUCCAACUCCACCACCAAUGGCAAUGAUGCGGCUGGGAGCUCCUAUGACCAGUCGGUGCCCUCUGAAGGCGAUGAGUGGGAUCGCAUGAUCUCUGACAUCAGUAAUGACAUUGAAGCGCUGGGCUGCAGUAUGGACCAGGACUCCUCCUGAGGGUUAGGGUGGGGCAGGGGGAACAGACUAUGGACUCCUGCUAUUGUAUUUGUACCAUUAUUUUGCACUGCCGUGCCCUUUCUGUAGCUCCAAGUCUCAAACACCAAGUUCCUUGUAGGAAUGCAAUAUAGAUUGACCUCUAUAUAGAGGGCUUGAUUGAGAUGAGGAUUUUAUUUCCAUUAUAUAUCUAACAGUUAUUUUUAGGCUAAAGAAUGUUCGUUUCGAUUAACUUUUGUGAAUAUGGGCCAACAUUUUAAAAAUAUGAGGUAAUGCUUUUGCACUUGUUUCAGUCUUUGAUGGCUGAGGCCCACUCCCUUGGUAUCAAUCCACCAGUUUUCCUGUGACUGCCUGACUGACAGACAGAAUUGCGCUUGUAUAUAUAUGUCAGUCUGUUCACACUUUCAUAAUGACACACCACAGGUUUUGAGCAAUAUCAAGUUUAUUGCUUCCAAUUUCUUUUUUUUUUUAAUUGGAGACCAACAUUGAAAGAAGGUUUUUCAGUUUGCUGGUUACUCUGUUAAAAACCCAUAUUAUUUGCAUUAGUGAAGCACCACAUAAGUAAUUGGUUGACUUACUGAUUGCUCAUUACCAUAUUACACAUUGAAAUUAAUAAUUUACUUGUAUUUAGUGUAUGGACCCCUUCUAGUUCUUGAUUCAUGAUAUAACUCUACACUAAUCCAUAUGAAAUCAUGACCCUCAUUAUAUACAUAUUAUAUAGUCUUCUUUCCUGUAUAGCAACACCACAUGUUUUGUGCCAAAGAAUGAAGGAUAAAUAUUUGGUGCUAUUUAGGCACAAAUAUUCAAUGGAAAUUGAAAAUUAGAGAAGGAUUGCAAAGUUUUCUUCAAAAAAUCAUUAGUAGAUCUGGAAUUGAAUGGGAUUGUAAUGUCUGGUUCAGAUGGUAAACAGUCAUUUUAGAUUAAGGGUUGUUAUGAUUACUAUGAAUUAGUGUGGAAUUGAUUGCAUAGUCAUCUGUGUUCAAGAUUUAUUCAUGUUUGGCUUUCUGCAGGUGCUGUGAACUGUAAAGUGAGCAUAGCUAACUACAGUGGAAUCCAGUUCAUUGGAAGGUGAUGUGAGUCAAACAGGGUACAGGUUGUCUUGGGACAAUGUGAAUAUUCAUUGCGUCCUGAUUGGACCUUCAUCCAUGGUUUUACCCCCGGCUUUAAAACUUAAUCGGAUGCAUCUCAAUUUACAUAUUUUAAGAAUACAGUAAAUAUGUGUUAGACAUUUUAACACCUACAUUUUAAUACACACUCUGCACUUGUUUAAUUGGGGAGCAUAAAUAAUAUCAGUCUGUCAGGAAUAUUCACAAUUUAAUUUCAUCUUGCCUCUUGUGCAGAUAUCCACGUAUCUGUGAAUAUGAAUAAGUAUUCUGAAUAUUUAUGACCGUAGUGCGCCGCACCCCUUAAGUUGUCACCCUUCACCUGUUUCUACCAGGGUGAUUCGCCUGCUACCCAGAGAGCAUGAGAGUCCAAGCUCAGGCCCAGGCUGAUCUGCUGAUGGAUAGACGUUAGGACUCAUUGUAUACUUUUCAGCUGGGCUACUCUGGGCAAAUUUCUUAUAAAUUAAAAAGAGGGAAAAGGAGAAACAUGAGUACCGUAUUUCUUUGAAUAUGACACUUUUUAAACCAUUUUUUUUCUUCUCAAAAAUAUCCUGUGUCUUAAAUUUGAGUACAAUUAAGUGAGAACAAUAGUAAUGCGUGUAUUUAAAAUCAGCAACAAAUGACAUGACUACCCGACUACACAAACAGCAACGUGACUGACUGCUGGGAAAAUCCAUGACAUACAGGCAGCCAUUUUCAGCCAUUGUCAUUAGCUUCCUGAGGAAUUCAAAGAGACGUUGUUACAAUUUCAGCAAUUCUAACAAACAGUACCAGCUUGGGCAGGUCGGAAAUGCUGUUCAGACUCCCGUAUUUUUUGACAUGCCAAGCAAUACCACAGUUCACAAACUGGAAGAAGAACAGGUGUGAGUAAUCAUGACUGGAAAUGAGAAGUAGCACAUUACUAUUGCUCUAUGUGAAAGCAGACCACCUCAGGCUGCCUCCAUAUGCAUAAUUGAGGUUGUAUUUUUGUAAAUCCAUAGUUAUUUGAUUUAUUUUUUCCUCAAAUUGAGGGUGGAAAAUUUGGGUUGCAUCUUAAAUUCAAAGGAAUACGGUAUACUGCAAUGUGAAUGAAUACCUUCUAAACCGUUACUGCUUGUUGCAUUUCUUUUAAACAAAUUAAUUAGUGGCCUACCAGAGAGCCAGCCUUUUUUGUUUUUUGGUUACGUGUUCUAGGUUUUUUUAGUGUGUGUGUGUGUGGUUUUUUAAAUUUUUUUUUUAAUUCCCAUUAUUUGUAGCAAAUAAAGUUUGAAAGCUUUGUAUGAAAGACCUACAUGUACUAUGUGAUGACUGGUAGUGAAGUGGGAUGUAAUAAUGCAAAAUAUCUAAUAUGGUGAAUGAAUGCACAUUAGUACUAAUAAUCCAGCAUAUUUUGAGAGAGAGAGAGCAUUUUAAUGUUUUGCUAAAAAUAUAAGAUUAUCCAUCCAAGGGCAACACAUUUUUUUUCUUUCAUAUUUUAUUUGGAUGUGGGGCCACCAUGAGUGCUUGUAUGUGUGUGUUUAUGGUAUGGUUUGUGGUGAGUGCAACUUUUGGGGUCAUUCUCUGCAGGCAGGUAAGAACAAAGUACCAUACACUGCCCCCUUCAGAUAGCUGAGAUGAAAAUAAUCAAGCAUCACAGACUUGGAAACAUUACAUUUAUUCCUGCAAGGGUUGUGUGAUAAAAGCAGUACCGUUAACCUGUGAUCUAACCGUUGUGUGUGUUUGUGUACACGCACACCCUUUUAAAAUAUAUACACAUUACCCUGGAACAUAUUGGGUUAUUCUGUACUUUGGUGUUCAAGAAGCCUUUCUGAAUUGCAUUUAUGUCCUAAUUUCAUUUAUUUUACACAGAACCCUGUAUUCUUGUAACUAGUACACUGUAUUUGCUUUUCCUAACUUUGUAUCUUUUUUUUUGUUUUGUUUAAUCUAUUAAUUUGUAUCCUACAGCUUUAUGUGUAGAUUGUUUUGAUAUAGAUAAAUAUUACAUUUCAAUAACAAUGGAAUUUGUAUUGAAUCUGUAAACUGCGGCUGGGAUUAAACACAUACAUACACUUAGCAGGAUUCACAAAUAUUGCAAUUCUGUAAGCACUGUGAUAACUCCAGUUUGAAUUGCUCACUGAUAAAACUGCCUUGCGUGUAAUAAAACACGCCAGUAGACUUUCAUUUUUUAAAUUGAGAGUAUAUGGUGUCCACUCAAGCAAAAUGUUAAAUAUAUUUUAUUUUACCAAUCAAAACGUUGCUUUAAGGAAUGUAAGCACUGAUUUAUGCAUAUAAAUUGCUGCUUUGAAAAUAUUUUCGAAAUGGUGGUGUGUUUGAAUUUGUACUUCUGUCUUAAUGUCAUAGUGCAAUCCAUUGUCUUGUUAGGGAAUUUUCAACUGCUCAGGUGUUUUUGGGGGAUAUGUCCAUUUAGU